GAAGACGACUCUGAGAAAAAUGGAUCAAAGCCGGAAGGGGAGCGUGGACGAGCGCGCGCGACAUGUGGUGUGUCUCCUGAACUCGCAGGAACGCUUUUUCACCACGAGCUCGUGCUCCGGCAGGAUCGUGCUCGUGGAUGGGAAUAAAGAGGAAAACACUCAGGAUGAUCAGUGGAAGGUCUUUGGACACGUCAGGAUGAGGCUCAUGAGUGGGCGUGGCCUGCACGUAUGACUUCCUACAACACCUGGGUCUCCUGGGGAUCUCCUCCCACACCUGGACCAAAGCAUCCGCCAACUAGUAAAAUAUUGAAACCUCCAGAGGGCACCAUUGUGCAGAAGAAGGCCUGUGAGUGGCUCUUCGUCUCCCAUGACCCUUGCUCGUCUGAAGACCUGGUGUCCGCUCUGAGCAGGUCCAGCAGGGAGGCUGUGCUGAAGUUUGAGGCCUUCGUCCUCCAUGUUCAGUGCCACAGGUUAGAGGACGCACAGCUGCUGCACUCGGUGGCCAUCAACUCCGGCUUCAGGAACUCUGGGCUCACCGUCAGCAGAACUGGGAAGAUCAUCACGGCGGUCCGCAGCACGCACGGCUUGGAGGUUCCUCUGAGCCACAGCGGGAAGCUCCUGGUUGGAGCAGAGUACAUCCACUUCCUGACACAAAAGGCCAAUCAGAAGAUGGAGGAGAACUUCAGACGCAUGCACAGAUUCUUCCAGAAUCUCCAGGCAGCUCUGACAGCAGAAACCAUGGACCUGCAGGGAGUAGAAGAUCCGGCCGUCGUACCGGGAGAGGACGACAAGCAGACGGCCGUGUACAAACGCAGGAGGAAGAGGCAGCAGCAUCCGUCUGACGCUGCGCGGGAUGAAGAGGACGGCUGCUCGCUGGACGACUGUCUGGACCUGUUCUCAUGAACAACCACCAGAACGGGACUGAACAUUCGAGUCUUGCUCUUUAGCUCCGGCAGGACGCUCAGGCACAGCUGCAGGUCAUGUGACCACUGCUGUGGUGGUCCAGCAUGUCACACGGUCCUUCCUGGAAGUGUCUGUUUUAAAGUUCAUCUGAAGAAAGCCGGGCUCAAAGGGUUUACUUCAACAGAUCCAGAUCCAAACCGCUGCAGCAGGACGCCAGCGUGGGACGCGCAGCAGCACGCCUGUGGCGUCGUCGCCAAAGAAGCGGCAGCAUCAAAGGGUCAGACAGAAACUCUCUGGCACAAACAGAACUUCUGCUGCCAGGUGUUUGAUGUUUUAAAUACGUCAAAGAAAAAAACCUCAACAGAAAUGUCAAACACAAAGAAGACUCUGAAUAAAAUCUGGAUUGAACUGUU